CACCCACCAUGUCCGCAGACAGCCCCGGAGAACGGCGCGGCUUCCGGGCCUUCUUCGCCAACGCCCUCCGGCCCAAGAAAUCCCGCCAGGUGCUCCGCAAGGGCUACAGCGCAUCAACGCCCGACCUCCGCAAGGACUCCCUGCGGCCCAGCACUGGCACCACCAUCACCGCCAGCGACGAUGUGCCUCCCCUGCCCUCGCUCGCUCCAUUGGAGGCCCAUCGCCUCAAGUACCGCGCCCUCAACGCGGGCAAAGACACCCAACUGGGCGAGAACCGCGACCACACAGAGAUCCUGCACGCCAUCGGGGUCGGGGAGAUAGAUCCGUCGGACCCCUACGCGGACGGGCACAUCCACGACCACCGACCCCCCGGGGAAGCCACCAUCGCCAGCCUGCCCCCGACCCUCUGGACCCUGAUAUCCUCGUACCUCAACCCGGCCGACCGCGCCAGCCUGGCCUUCACCAGCAAGACGCUACUCUCCCGCCUUGGGCCCUCUCCCUUCGACGACCUCGCCCUCCCCUCCAACCGCGACUACCGCUCCGACUUCCUCAGCACCCAAGACGGCCACCUCCCGCAUCACCUCCUCUGCUUCCCCUGCGGCAUCUUCCAUCGGCGCACCCAAGAAGGCACCGAGAAACUGCUCCCGGCCGACAAAGUCAACCCGCUCUUCAACUGCCCCAACCUCCGCAACGCCCUCCUCCCCCCACCCCGCCACCGCAUCACCCACAACCGCACCCUCCCCUUCACCUUCGCGCAACUGACCCUGCGCGCGCACCGCUUCUCCCCCGCGCACGGCAUCCCCGUGGAAUCCCUCUCGCGGCGCUGGCGCCGCGACGGCUGGUCGCACCACAGCCGAUUCCUCAUCCACAAAAACCACCUCCUGAUGCGCGUCACCAGCACCUGCUUCGCGGACCCGGGGCUCCCGCCCAGCUCGCAGCGCAUGCUCCUCUACUCCCGCGAAGACUACUGGCCGUAUUUCUCGGCCUGCGCGCACUGGCGCGACGGCGAGCUCAUGAACGCCUGCAAAUGCGCUCUCGGCCACAUCCCGGUCCCCCGCGAAACCACCGCGCUACAGGGUCUGGAACACCGCGCCAAGGACGUCAUGGCGCGCCGCAUCCACAACCCCAACGCCCUGACUACCCUCUGCGGGAAGUGUCGGCCCAUGCGGCGCUGUCCCGAGUGUCCGUCUGAGUAUCUCAUCGAGGUCAAGUUGACGGAGGAUCGCAGCGACGCGCGCGCGCUGGUGUUUCGGCAUGCGAUUGUCGUGACGCGAUGGUGUGAUCUGGGCGAUGGACGGAGUCCGAGGCUGUCGAGGGAGUGGGCCGCUUGUGAGGGGUUGCCGGAUGGGGAGGGGUAUGAUUCGUUUCAGAUGCUGGGGAAGAGGUCCAUCUCGGGCACCUUUGAAUCCAUGAUCACCGAUGAUACGUUACCCGGGCAGAGGAUCGUGUCGAUGAAUCCGAAGGGGAAGAAGUUGGGGGAGAAGGGGACGGGGUGGUAUUAGUUUGCCCUACCUGUUUCUUUCUGGUCAGCUAGGCUGGAUUGGGGUGGGGUUCUGUGUUCGUGGUAUGUAUGCAUGCAUUUGUGGAUGGUGAAAUGGGUUCUUUGUUAUCUAGGAGUUAGAUGAUGGAUGGUUGAUGGGGUUGCAUUCGGUAUGGAUAUGGGCAUAUACUAUACUACCUUUGUAGGUCCUAUAGGUCCGUCCCUAUGGUAUUGUAUGGUAUGUAUGGGAGUAAAAUUGACAAACGGGCUAUUUGGCCUGGCAUGGCGCGAGAAAAGGUGUUACUAAGGGUUUAGUUUACUGGUUGGUUGGUGCUGGGUACACACAACUACUAUCACUGACAUUAUCA